AUGCGAACCAAGGUGCUCAUCAUGGACGAAGUGUCCAUGGUCGACGGCGAUCUCUUUGACAAACUGGAGCAAAUCGCACGCACAAUCCGCAACAAUGGCCGGCCAUUUGGGGGUAUUCAACUUGUCAUCACGGGAGAUUUCUUCCAGUUGCCUCCUGUACCAGAGACUGGAAAGCCGGCCAAGUUUGCCUUUGACGCCGGAACCUGGACGACUUCCAUCGAGCACACCAUUGGCUUGCACCACGUCUUCCGUCAAAAAGAUCCCGUUUUUGCCAACAUGCUCAAUGAGAUGCGUGAAGGCCGGCUGACCCAAGAGUCGAUAACACGGUUCAAACAGCUCGAGCGACCGCUCCCCCAAGCCGAUGAGAAUAUCGAAGCGACGGAGUUGUUUCCCACGCGCCAAGAAGUCGACCGUGCAAAUAACGUCCGCAUGGCCCAACUCCACGGCACUACCUUUACCUUUGACGCCCGCGACGGCGGCACAAUCACCAACAAAGAGCAACGCGACCGACUUUUGCAAUCCUGCAUGGUGCCCGAGCAAGUACACCUCAAAAAGGGCGCCCAAGUCAUGUUGGUCAAGAACAUGGAUGACCAGCUCGUCAACGGCUCCCUGGGCAAAGUCAUUGGCUUCAUGACGGAGCCCAUGUUCACCAUCUACAAGGAACACGAAGAGGACCUCCUCAACGGGGACGGCGCCUCGGAAGCCGCCAUGAAGACGGAACAGAUGAAGAUGGGUCUCGGCCUAAACACGGCACAAGUCUACCCCCUCGUCCGCUUUGCAAACGCAGACGGCACCACGCGCGACCUGCUUACCAAACGCGAAGAAUGGAAAGUCGAGCUCCCCAACGGCGAAGUCCAAGCCUCGCGCUCCCAGAUCCCCCUCAUUCUCGCCUGGGCCCUGUCCAUUCACAAGGCACAGGGCCAAACUCUCGAGCGCGUCCGCGUCGACUUGGGCAAGGUGUUUGAAAAGGGACAGGCCUAUGUGGCGCUGUCGCGUGCGACGUCGAUGGCUGGCUUGCAGAUUUUACGGUUUGAUGCCCGCAAGGUGAUUGCGCAUGAAAAGGUUCGUUUGUUUUAUGCUGGCUUGGAACGCGCAGAGGCGGUGGAGGGUAGGGAGAAGGUGGCGAGGAAGGGUAUUUUGGGGAAGGUGCAGGCCCAGGGGCAGGGCGGAAAGGUGUAG